GAUAGACGGAACAGUCCAUCGAUUGCGUUGUAGGGCACCUUGAGUUAAACCAGAUGGAAAUUAUUGGAAUCGGUCUCAAUGACGAGUCACGAGUCGCUGUGAAUGCCAGGAUUUAAAUAUGGACCUGUGAUGUCACAAUGAUGCUAGCCUGGCAUCCCCAUUGUUACUCUGAAUAAGAUGUGAUUACUUUGCGGGUGCGACGUCAAUACUUUCAGCGGGGAAAAGGAGACUGACUGAAACUUAAGACCCUCUCGACGAUCUUAAUUUCACACGCUUCGUUAAGUCGAUAGCAUUAAGUGACUUAUUAUCCAGAAACACUGACAGAGAUUUUUUCAGACUUAUAGUACACAUCGUUUGGCGUCCAAAAGAAGGAAGAGCAGACUGUCUGAAAAAGUUGAAGGACGACAGCGCAACCAACAGAUAAGCCGACCAUCAUGACUUGGAGGACGGCAUCUAUUGUGAAGAAAAUGGCGAUUUAUUUUUUGUUUAAAGUGAUGUAUAUAGUCACUGCGGCUUUAACAACACUCGCUGCCCCCACUGCAGGGAGCGUCUCCACUACGGUGUCAUCCACAGCAACAAUUAACGGUACCAGUACGCCGGCACCAACAGCCAAACCUGGCGCCAACCUUACGCUGGUCAUCGUCAUCCCCGCCGCUGUCAUCGUCGGCGUCCCCAUAUUAUGUGUCGUCUGCUGCGGACUUAGGGCGGUGUUUUGUCUUCCGAAAGCCAAGGCAAACAAGAAAGGAGAGAAGACAAAAAAGAUGAGAAAAGUUUCACCAAAACCACCCAGAUUGGAGGACAAUGAAUUGGAAUAUCAACCGGAGUAUACAACUUGAAAAACAUUUGUCAACAUCUCCCAUUUUCAUUAUUUUUUACAAUCCAUCCUUACCACCUGCAUCGGACGUCCAUGUUGAAGACGCUUUGAAUUACAAAAAUAAAGGUUGCAUACACAUUGUUAGCACAUAUCAAAAGACAGAUCGAGCAAAGAUAUUUAUUUCAAUAAACUCCUCAUAAAGCUCUUAACCAUGAUGCCGUUGCGGUAAUGAGGAAUGCAUUUAUUUUCUGUGAUAAACCAUUUUUAUCGAUUACAAGGACGUGUUUUAGUGUUUGUUGUACAUAAAAUCUACUGUGGAGUGUGCUUCAGAAAUGAAAGACAGCAACUCAACAGUCUGUCGAUUUUACUGUAAAAAGACUGCUGUCACAACAAGAUGAUGUCAAAUAAACCUGUCUGGUUACACGGCCAGUGAUCUGAGAGCAAUUUGAACGCAUAAUGCACAGCCAGUGUGAAUCAAAAUUACAACGAUAGACUUUUCAAAUAUAGUGUCACCGAAGCCAGGUAAUGACGAAGGAGCACCCCAGAUCACUAACAACUACCCGCUCACAAUAUAAUAACUGCCGAACUCUCUGAAGACAUUAAAAGGUGUUUUACUAAUAGUAAUACAUAUAACUUUCUGACUUGAAAACCUUCGAAAUGUAGAGAAUUUUCAUGAAUGAACGCUAUCUUUUUUAAUAAAUUUUUGAAUUCGGAAAAUCACAGAAUGAUUGAAUGCACGCGAGAGGAGUAUUUGUAUCAUUAAGAAGCUAUUCGUCACAGUCAGACAGUGUUAUUCUUGAAAUUUAGAAUAUUACAUGUGUUUAAUUUUUUUGUCUUUAUUAUCCCGACAUGAAUAUCAUGGACAAAUGCCACAAGUUUGACAGAUUAGACAUUUUGACGACGACUUACUACAAAAUGGGGAAUUGAAGUACCGGUAGUCUGCACGUUUUAGGUCAAUCGCUUCUUGGGCAUUUUGGUCGAUUUUGGAAAGACGAGUUUCAUAAAUGGCUAUGAACAUGUUUUUAUAAGUCAGUCUUUUCGAAUGAAAAUUUAAAAACGUAAACAUUGCUUUGAUAAUUUAAAUUGCCAGUUGCAUUUUACUCUUUUGGACCUGUUUCUGAAAGCCUCGGUUUUAUUUAGUUACUACAUGCUCCCAUAAUAGCUUUGGUAUUCAUCGAUUUGUAUUUUUAUAUGUCAUCUUAAUCUGCCGUUAAACUCUUUGUGUCGUUAAUAUUUUCCCUUUUUCUCCUUUUACAAAUUUUUAAUUGAAAUUUAAAGCAUUUAAUCGGAUCAU